ACUCUCGCGAGAACGUCACUAACUUCCUGCAAUAGUUGUUUGGAUAAUGGCGGCGCGUCAGCUAACAGCGCUUCUAACCUUUCAUUAAAACCGGGGAAAUACCCGACAAUCAGCAGGAAUCGAGCACAAUAAACGCUUUCGAGUCUGUUUCUGAUGCCUGCAUUGGGCUGGAGGGCACGAAGUCAUGGUUCUCUGAGAAAAGCUCCUGUCAGGAGGGCGGAGUAGCGAUGUGGAGCCAAUCAGGAGGAGAGAAACCUCCAGCGAUGGAUCCACGCGUGGCGGAGUACGAGCUGUCAUCUGCAUGGAGGAAUCUGAACCAGAGCAAAGCAGCUCUGCGUCACAUUGAGAAUCAGUUGGAGGCGGCGGUCGGUUCGGGAGUCGUCAUCACCUCGCUGAACACGGAGAAGACACACAAACACAAACGCAGAGGUAGGCGGAGCUCGGAUGGUGAUGAUGUGGCGGUUAAGCCCCGCCCACAGAGUCGACGCAGCCCGGAUAAGAGCUCUCGGAGCCCGCUGAGGACCAGCACGCAGGACAACACGCACACCUCAGACAGACCCGUGUCCUCUCCUCCUGACGCAUCUCUGAGUCGCCUGGUGUACGACCGAGACUGUCGUCCUCUCCACUCGGCCGACGCGGACAGCACUCGCUCCUCUGCGCUAGACGCCACGACCGUACGCGUCCUCAACGACCCGCCCGCUCCGCAGAGGUCGGAGGUCACGGUGGGGGGGUCGGAGGUCAGCCCGGGGUCGGCACGGCUGGUGAAGCUGCGUCAGCGUCAGACGGAUGAGAAGCUGGAGAAGCUGAAGGAGAGGAUCAGGAGGCAGAGGGAGCAGCUGGAGGAGGCGGCAGACGGGGGGCGGGAAAGGGCGAUAGGGGCGGGGCAGGGAAACUCCGCCCACCAGCACGUCGCUAAAGUGCGCAAAGUGGCAGCCGCUCCGCCUGCGCCGAACUAUAAAGGGUUUAACAACAGCGAGGUGAAGAUCCGCUCCUCAGACGGCAGAGUGUGGGGCGAGGACGAGUUUCACUUAAACCCCGAGAUUUAUAAAGAUCUCACGGACCGUCUCACGGAACGAGCGAAACGCAAACCGGCGGAGAAAGAGAAGCAGCAGCAUCAUCAUCAUCAUCAUCAGGAGAGGAAGCCGAUCAAACCCGUGAGGAAGAUCCACCGAUCUGCGUCUGUUCCCGAACCCAAACCAGCGAUCAGCGUGUCGUCAUGGCGAGAGGGCCAGAAACUGGUGAAGAUGAUGCUGGGGCCGUUGCCACGGGAACCUCGUGCUCAGUCGGAGGAGAGAGAGAGACGGACAGGUACAGCAUCUCUGUCCAGUUCUGUCCCUCAGCCGGAGUCGAGCCACCGCUCGAGACCGAGCAGCACAGAGAAACCUGCAGUGACUCAGCCCUCCCGAGCAGCAGGGGGCGCCAGAGGCAAAGAACAGCCCCCAACUCGAUCCUCCAGGCCACCAGGGGGCAGCAGAGAGCGAGAAGCUGCAGUAACGCAGUCAUCCAGGCCACCAGGGGGCGCCGUCGGUCUGUCCUCCAGCCUCGACUUUCUCCCUGCAGACGUUCGCGGCAUCUUAGACGACCUGCACCUGGAAGACGGCGCCGGGGCGCACGACGCGGGCCGAGUCGGCAGGAAGAGGGCGGGACGGAGCCCAUCGAAACCACGCCCUGAGAGCGCAGAGAGGGCGUUGCCACGGAAACGGCACUACGACGCAGACACGGUGCGGCGCUACAUCGCCAAGCAGCAGGAGGAGAGGAAGAGGAAGCAGGCUGAGGAGAGGCGGAGUCAGAGGGAGGAGCAAGAGAGGCGGAGUCAGAGACUGCAGGACCUGUACAAGAAACAGCGAGAGGGCGUCACCAAGCAACAAGCCCCGCCCCCUAAUCUCAUAAACCCACGUCUGCAAGAGACGUACACCAAGAUACUCCUGGAACACACACUGCAACGGACGCGACCGGUGUAUCAGCCGUCUGGAGAAUCAGAUAAAGAGAACAAGAGACUGGAACCACUGAGUCCUUCCACUAGUGAGCUCUCAGAACACACACCGUCUCCACUGUGCAGGGCUGAUUUGGUGGCGCCCCCUCCUGGUCAAUUCUUCUCCCAUCUCCUCAGUCUGGAGCCGGAGUGUGUAAACUCGGCGACACACCUGCAAGACACACACACUGUGGACACACACCAGGUGAGGACGGGCCACGUGGACACACACGCCGCGAGCAGGCUGAACCGCGUGGAGGCCCUGAAGGCGUGCGCCGCCUCUCUGUCCAGCCGAAUCGAAACCGAAGCGCGAAAGCUCGUCACCUACGGCAACACCGAUGUCAACGAUGGCCACGCCCACCGAGUCAAACCGCCGAGCCCGCCGGAGAGAGAGCGGCCUGAUUCGAGCUCGAGGAUCCACAACGAUGUGAGCGAACUUCCUGGCGUCGGAAACCUGUACAGCUUCAUCACCCGAGAGGGGUGGGGCGAGAUCGCAAAACCCCGCCCACUCCCUGCAGGCUCCGCCCUCCCGUUCACCAAGCAGGAAGAGAAGCACGACUCAAGCGGAGGCUCCAUCAGCGAGGGCGUGCUGAGCGACGGCAGUCUGUCCGAUCCCGGCGAUUAUUGUGCCGCUCCUAACGAACGCCACGCCCACACCCACGAUCGCAUCACGCUGUUCCGGAAGGAGGCGGAGCUUCACACGCCGUAUAGGCCUGUGGUGACAUCACAGCCUCCGUGGGAGGAGCUAAGCAAGGGCAGCCCUCACAGCGUCAUCAACAUAUUCACCAAAAACCUCAACAAAUACAGCAACGUGAUGGACACAGAAGUGGAGAGAUCUCCUCCUGCCCUCCGUUCUUCUCCGUCUGCUCACAGCUUGGCGAAUGGCGUAGUUUACGAAGACGACUUCGUUUCCUCCCGCAGCAGUAGCCAAUCAGCAUCAAAGAGAACCGCUAACGGCGUCAGUAAUGGCCGGAGCUCUGCGGCGGCGGACGAGAGGAGAGAGAACGACAGAUUUCCUCACUCUUCCGCCUCCACUCCUUUGUCCUCACCUUCUUCUGCUCACUCUAUCAGCAAGAGAGGGUCAGAGAAGAGUCUGGAGCGCACCCUAGUGGACGGACAGAGAAGCGCGUCGUCGUUCGCCUCCGAGCCUCAGAGGAGCGACUGGAGGAAGAGCGACUCGCCUCGAGGCUCUCACAGGAGCGCUGACGGUAACGGCACACCAGGGGACGCCUCAGUGCACUCCGCCCACAGCGUGGUGUCCGAGAUCCCACAGUUUCCCAGAAGCCCCGCUGACUCUCCCAGAAUCUCCGGCUCCUCUUCAUCCAGUCCCGCGUCUGCCAGAGACUCCACCCCCAGACCUGGAACAGCUCCUGGCUCCGCCCCGAACACUGGCUCCGCCCCUGGACCCGCCCACAGCACCACAGAGCUGCAUUUCGCCCCGGUCGUGCUGCAGCAGCGUCUAAGCGCCGAGCUGAACUUCCUGGACGCGGUGGAGGAGUCGGUGAGACAGCUGAGCGACGUGGAGAGAGUCCGAGCUGUCUCACUCGCUCAGCAGGAGAGCGUCUCACUCGCACAGAUCAUCAAGGCUCAGCAGCAGAGGCAGGAGCGAGAGCUGCAGCUGCUGAAGCUGAAAGCGGAACAGGAAGCGCUGGAGACUCAGAGACACGUCCAGGAGAGCCGAGAGAGAGCAGCACAGGCCCAUGCGGAGCUGUGUGUGAACCUGGUUCAGUCCCAUCAGAAGGCUCUCAUGGAGCUGCAAGAGAGCAGCAGCAAGAUGAUCCACCAGCACACAGAGACGGCUCAACACCUCCGAGAGAUGACGGAGAUGACUCGUUCUCAGAUGCUCACCGUUCCGUCUGUCACACCUGUAAGGCAGCAACACCCACAAACCGACAGUGCCAGUAGUAGGAGUGAAGUCUCGGCAGAGAAAACGCCAACAGCAGACACUCCGCAGAGCAGCCUGACCGAGUCUGAGUCUUUCAGGAUACACACUGUCAGCAGUGCGAGACAGGGCGACGGAGGAAGCGUGGACCGGAGCAGCUCGGUGGAAGAGGAAGCGAACACCGCCGCCGACGACUCUCUCCAAACCGACAGAGCAGACAGCGUCUCAAUCAGUUACUCUUUGAAGUUUGAUGAGUCUGUGACGGAGGACGAGUUGGAGAAGUCGUUCCGCUCCGUGCUUCCGUCCGAGUCUCACUGGAGAGGAUCCGUGGAGAGGAAACGGCAAUCGGAUGAGGAACCCCACCCUGAAAAAUCGUCUAACAAGCAGGACGGCGGUGUCCCGGUGUUCUCGGCGGAUCAGUACAGUUUCUCCGAGUUCACCAUGGCGAUGGUGAAGCAGUGCAUGCAGGAAGAGGAAGUUCGCUCUCGGCAUCAGAGCUCCCUCCUGCGCCUCCGACACCGAGCACUGAAGGAAAAAACCCGCGCUGAGCUCGAAUGGCUCGAGCUCCAAAAGAGGCGUCUGCGUGAUAAAGGGGAAGAUGAUAAAAUGCCUCCGAUUCGCAAGAAACAGCGAGGCCUGCUGCUCAAACUACAGCAGGAGCAGGCGGAGAUCAGGAGGCUGCAGGAGGUGAACCGGGCGGCACGGAGGGAGAGGAAACUGUUGCUGAAACAGCAAGAGGAGAUCGAGAGGAUCCAACACACAACACUGAAACUGAGGGAGAAACUCAGGAACGCUGAAGAUACAAACCAGAGGUCACCUGUGUCAGGUGUGAGCGAGGAUUUGGCCCCUCCCACUGAGCUGGACGUGGAGUUUCGUAGCCCCUCCCCUUUAUCUGUGUCAGGAAGUGAGACCAGCAGCAUAAUGAAGAAACUGAAGAAGAUGAGCUAUCACACAGAUGAGAGCAGCGGCUCUCCCCUGCAGUGUCUCUUCUCCAUGUUUAGUGCCCUGCACUGGGCGUCUCUGCGUAUGUGUCUCCCUAAACUCCACCCUCACUUCCUCGUUAUCUACAGUCAGUUGGUCAGAUUUCUAACUCAGCGUGAGCUGCGAUUGGUGCACUGGCGUCAGCAGGUGGAGGCGGAGCUGAGGCGUACGGAUGGGGCGGAGCCUCAGCGGAAGGGGCGGGCCCUCUCAGACCGACACACGCAGCAGAAACACAGCACAGACGAGCUGCAGAGCGACAGACAGGAGGAGAGGAAGACAGGACGAGAAGUGUGCAGUGAGGGCGACUCGUCUCCGGCUCUGUCCGUCUCCAGCAUACACACAGUGCAGGAGUGUGAGAACACACACAGUCAUGAGUCUCCCCUGGUUCAUGCGAGUUCCAGCAGUAAAGUGACAUCACACAGCAGCUCCAGGAAGCGAGACCUCCCUUCAUCAGCUCCUACAUCGGAGGCGGCUUCGGAUCAGAGCGACAUCGAGGGGCGUGUCCUGGCUCUGAGGGCGGAGCUUCGACGGCGUAAAGCUGAAGUGCAGCGUCUGAAGAAGGAGCAGAGACUGAGAAACAAAGAGCGGCUGAAAGCUCAAGAGGCCAGUCUGCUCAAACAGCUGGAGUCCUACAACGACUUCAUUCAGAAGACCAAAGCCGAGCUGAGUAAAGCAGACAGCGUCACUUCGGCUAAACCCCAGAUCAAAACUCCAACGUCAGGCUCGCACAAGUCCAGAACCAAAACCUCCACCCCGGACAGGUCUGAAACGGAGAAGAGUUUCACAGGACAGAGUCACGAAUCCGAAUCGGAGAAAUCCGACAGGAUACACACGGAGUCUCCAGCGCUGAGUGAUGAAGAUCCUCCCACUGUGACUCCGACCCCGGUGUUGGGAAGCCCUAAUCAUCUGAGUCCACCUGAACCCCAACACGAUGAAGACACCCGACCCGAAAGCGCCGCCAGGCUAGAGACAGAAGCCUCGUCCAAUCAGAGCAUAGACUCCAGCCCGAGGUCGGAGGUCAUCGAGGAGCUGGAAUCUCAGAGGACAAAUUUGUCCCAGUCGGAACACUCGUAUCCGGUGCUUGAUCUGAAAAUCCAGGACUCUAAAGAGGAUUUCUCCAAGAAUGAAACGGAAAUUGCUCUUGCUGUAAAAGUCAGCCAUGAAGAAGAAGAAGAAGAGUUUGUGAACAAUUCUGAAGAUGUUAAAUCCAGUUCCUCACUCUUAACUAAACCAGAACCAGAAGAACCCAAACCUCCAGAGAUUCCUUCAUCUAUAGACGUCUCUUACACUCCAGACGUUUCCCAGAGAAAGGAAGACUCAGAGUACAAACCCACCGCGUCACCAUCAGUCGACUGCUACAACGAUGAUUUCAAGUCAGCGGUUCCGGAGGAAAAUCAGCCUCACUCGCCUUCUUCUGAAGAUCCAGAAGAGGAAUCCUACAGAUUCUCCUUCAGCAGCAGUGAGGAGGAGAUAGAGGAGGAGAUUAGCGUCAAAUCAGGGAAUACUAGCGGUACCUUCGACCAGGAAAAACCUUUGGAUCUCGAUUUCCUGGGAAAGCAGACAAAAGAAAGCCCUGAUGAUGAUGUUCCCAGCCCUCCAAAGUCUCCAAAGGAUGAGAUGCCUGAUUACGUCAUUGGAGACCGGGUUCUGGUGAGCAACGUUCAGCCAGGAACUCUGAGAUUCAAGGGACAAACGAGCUUUGCUAACGGAUUCUGGGCUGGAGUGGAACUGGACGUAUCUGAAGGAAGCAACAACGGCACUUACGAUAGCGUCGUUUACUUCCAGUGCAAAGAGAAACACGGAAUAUUCGCUCCUCCUGAAAAGAUCUCUCGUCUACUCGAGACGUUUGAAGGCCGUACCAGAACCUCAGAGGAGGAAGAUUCCUCGUUUGAUGAUCGGUCGAAUGAAAUGGACAAGACAAACAAGUCUGAAAGCACGCUUCAGAAUAAAAAAGCAGAUCCGGAUCCACCUUCUGAGACAAGAGAACCAUCUGAGAAACAUUUCGAUCUUGAAUCGAAGCCUUCUUCUGUUUCAGAAGAUUUGAAGAUUGACCCUGCUGCUGUUGAUGGCGAGAUCUUCAAGGACCUUAAUGGAGAAAAUCAUCCUGUGUCACUUGAGAGAUUCGGAGACGUCGUGCUGGAAUUGAAAGAUGUCUCAAAAGUCGAGGAAGUUCAGGAAGAUCAAACGCCAGACAUUCUGGACCUGCUGACCCGUGCUGAGACAUCCACGCCGACUGAGGACCUUCAGAAAUCUUUAGACGUCCCUCCUGAGAAGACGAGCGAGGACCGCGUGGAUGGAUCAGUCGUGACGGCGAGCAAAUCCCUCACGACUCUGGCCGAUACACUCAUGGAACGCUUCAUGAAUGAUGCCCUGGAACAAUUUCAGCAGAUCAAGAAAGCAAAGGAGGAGAAAAUCUCAGCUGCCAAUCAGCUCGUCUUUCUUGAUGAGGAUGAAGAACCCAGUGGGAACAACGUGUCCCAGCUCAGAACUUCAUCCAGCAGCAAGAUCAACAAGGAAAGCUUCCAUAGCUUCUUCGACAAGGACCAAGAAGAAGUAUCUUCUCCUGAGCUUUGCAACCGAUCGGAGAGCCCGGUGUUGGGUCAGGAGGAGCUGGUCCAGCGCUUAGCGGAGCUGAAGCUGAACCCCGACUUCCUGCACGUGCUCGGAGACGAGCAGGACUGGUUCGACGAGGACUUCGGCCUCAGCUCGCGCAAACACGCUCAGCACAAGAACAAACUCAGGCAGGAAGAGCUCUCCUCCACGUCUGCAGCUAAACUCCCGCACGUCAGGCAGCAGGAGGAGGCGGCGGCGGGGGCGGCGGCGGCCAUGUUGGUCCCUCACAAAGCAGCCGAGGUGGAGAAGCUGGUGAGCGCCGCCCUGCUGGAGAUCUGGAGGAGCUGCGGGAUGGAGCGCGGUAAUCAGAGUCUGACGGCGGUGCCCAAACCUCAGGCAUCAGAAACACUGCUGGGGGAUAAGAACAGCGAGGAGUGUGUGCGCAGCUACAAACAGGCGGUGUUUGACCUGGCGUGGGAGCUCAUGCAGGAAAUCUACGCCGAAGAUCCCAACACCAAUCGCCCGCUGUGGAUCAAACCUCGCCGUGUUAAUUCACCCUACACCCACAGAAUCGACGACCCCAGUGACCUCACUAAAGUCCAGGCGUUCGUCACCGGUGAGGUUCUGAAGCUGUUCGGUCUGAAUAAAGAGCAGAACCACAGAACUGACUGGCAGAAGAUGCUCAAGUUCGGCCGAAAGAAGAGAGACAGAGUCGACCACAUCCUGGUGCAGGAGCUCCAUGAGGAGGAGGCUCUGUGGGUGAACUACGAUGAAGACGAGCUGUUUGUGAAGAUGCAGCUGGCUGACGGGAUCCUGGACAUGCUGCUGAAGGACACGGUGGACGUUCUCACCAACAUCCACGAGAGGAGAUCCACACGGGCCCUGUCCUGAUCCUCCCGCUCACACCUGCUCCUACACCCUUUUACGCCCUGCUCUGGCGUUUAGGACGGAACCGGGAAUACCGGGUUCUCAGAGGGAUCUAGAUUCGGCUGCUCAGAUCUUCUGUGGCUCGCUUUAAAAACCUCUCUGCGUUUGGGACUGACCCGGAUCUCCUUCUUCGUCUGUACAACUGUACGAUACUCGCCUUUGUGCUGGUUUUUUAAUUUAUUUGUAAAGAGAAAAAAAAAACAUUUUUAAACAUUGUGUGAAAAUGUGUAAAGAGAUGAUGAUUUAAGCGUACGUAAACGCAUCUAAGCACAUGCAGAACCUAGAGGAACCUAGAGGAACCGAGCAGAAAGGGAUGAGAUGAUUUUAGAGAUGAAUUUAUAAAACAAUAAAUUGAUCUAUAAACUGCUUUUUAAAAAGAGAAUAAAGUGAUUUAGAAGAGUGUAAUGAUCAGAGACUAAAGAGAACGAGUGCAUGAUGAGAGAUUAGUGCUUUAUUCGCCCUCAUUUUCCCGUCUGCCUUUACCGACCUCCAUGUUAAGUGCCUCACGGUUUAGGCUCCCUCCGUAGGGAAGAACCGCUUUACGCCUUCCUCUCGCGUGUGUGUCGAGCCGAGCCGCUUUUUAAUCUCCGCACUCUGAAACCUCCAUCCGUUUCUGCCUUACAGCUGGAUUAUAAAGCAGAGAAGAAGUGUACACUUCGUAGUGUACACUUAGUAGCGUAUCAAAAUGGGCCACGUCCUGAUUCUACUGCUCACUAAACACUGUCCUGCACUCAGUAGGGAACCUCGUCACUUACAUUUAGUACAAAAUCUCAACAUUUUUCGGAGAGGCUGCGUCCUGAAUCUACACUUUGUCAAUUUUUUUCCUCAGUAGGGAUCCUGCAUUAAAGAUGUCACCUUUCUCCAAGAGAUCCAAA